CAAGUACACAUGCACAGUAAUUACAGCGCACAUACUCCCAUGUGCUUCAAUGCUCACACACCAUCAUGCUGCCACGAGAGCACGUCCACGCACCGAGUGCGCUUGUGCGCACACAGCCCUCACGUCGUGCCGUACAGUCACAACUCACCGUUCCUUCCCCACACACAUUCGCUAGGCCCCAGCCCCAGCCCCAGCCGCGGGCGCAACAACAACAGCAACAUCGACAACCGCGACAGAAACAACAGCCGUAUGAUCCUCAAGUGCCUUCACAUGCCGUGUCCGCAACCCCCGUACUUCACAAUGUGGCCGCAACAACCCCCGUGUUGUCGCGCGCAUGCCACACAGGCAGAUCGACGCAGCAGCACCAAGCCCCUUCUCACCCGCUCGCCCGCCUCCAGCACACUCAACAGCUGUCGACCGCACCCCUUCACCAUCGGGGUGUGUCGACAACACCGCCCUAUCCAGGCUUGGCGACGCAACAUGCCACAGCACCCACACUUGUCGGUGGUGGCACGCCACAGCCAUACCAACGCCAACACCAACACCAACACCAACCACAACCUCAGCAGCAAGCGCAGCAGCAACACCAGCUCCGCCAACAGAUGGUAAUGGCACCAGUGCCUGGGCCGACAGGAUUUGGCUAUCCUCUUCAAGCUGCACAUGCACCUGCCCAGCUGAUGCACCCAUCCCCAGUUCCGCAACAACAGCAACAGCAACAGCAGCAGCAGCAUCAGCAGCAGCAUCAGCAGCAGCAGCAGCAACUGCUGCAGCAGCAAUACGCGCCCACAACAAGCGCGUAUGGGCUUAGCCCUCAAUUUGCCAUGCAGCCCAUACACACCGCAGGCCAGCAGCACAGCUCUCUGCACAUGCAACUGAUGCACAUGCCCCAGCGGCAGCAACAACAACAGCAGCAGCAACGACAGCAACAGCUUGAAGCGGGUGAGGGUUACCAGGGCUUUGUACAGCAAGGGGCGCAUAUGCUGCCACCCCAAUCCCAAGCCAUGCAGCCAUAUGCGAUGCAAGCACUCCCCUACCCAGCCCAAACGGCGAUGGUGAUGAUGAUGAUGCCGCCUUCGACACAGACCGUCGCUUCUUCACAGUCCUGGCAGCUCAACGCACAUGCCCCGAUGCCUGUCGGACCAGCCUUUGCCACGCAUCAGCAGCAGAUGGGGAGCAUGGUGCCUGGCCAGGUGUUUGCAGCGCCACAGCCAGGGCUGUUUGCCCCCGGCAUGGAAAUGCCCACGCUUGCCAACCCUGCACAGUACUCUGGCCUCGCUGUUGACGGCUCCCGUGUACGAGCAGUAGCAGCAGCAGCAGGUAUGACACCACCACCGCUAGUUCCGCAACCCCACACCGCGCAAGCCAUGGCAAUGAAGAGUGCCCACCAAGGCAGCUCAGCACAGGCGCAUGUCAAAACGGAGGCGGUUGUGUCGGCUCCUGCACCACGGAAAUCCGUUGCUGCUGCUGUCGCUGUCACUGGUAACGCCGCCCGCACGGCGCAGGGAUCGAAAAGACAGGCAGACGGGAAGAAGGCGAAGCCAAGGCGACGCAAGGCCAGUGACAACGUCGACAGCACCAGCUCCAGCACCAGCUCUGAGGGCAGCUCAAGUUAUGACAACGAUGGGGGAGGCAGCAGUGACAGUGGCGACAGCAGCCGUGAUAGCAGUGAGGACGAGAGUGACUUCAGCAGUGUAUACGAGGAGACAGAUGACGGCGAAGGUGACGCUGCCAGUGUUGACAGCCAGACGGCGUCUGCGCAAGCGCUGUUGUCCUUGCACAGCGCGACGCUACACCAGCCCACUGCACGAGCGCCAGCGGCACCAUCUUCAGCUGACACACGCCGGAGGAAAGCCGGCGCUGAGCGCAAGGUUCAAAAAACAAAGCAGCAGGGCAAGCAGUGUCGCGAGCACCACAAGCACCACAAGCACCACAAGCACCACAAGCACCACAGUCACAAGCAUGCGGGUCGUAAGAGCAAGUGGGCCGCGCACAACGCACAGGCACAGCAUGGUGGUGGUGGUGGUGGUGGUGGUGGUGGUGGUGGUGGUGACGGUAUACGGAAGCGGGCCAAGGCGACUUCUGCAGACAGGAAACCACCGUUUCCGGUCAGCGUACCGCAGUCUGUUCUGGAUCACCCGGGUCACGAUUGCAGUAUGCCCAUGAGCGAGGCUGAGUCUCGCCGAUGCAUCUGCUGCCCGGAACUGGCACGCAAGUCGACAGAUGUGACAACACCAAGGAAGUUGUGUGGCGUGUGCUACAGCGGGUUCUACCAUGAUAUUAUGCGAUGGAUUUCCCUGCACAACACGGUUGACCCGAAGACGGUGACCAUUGAGCGCCUAAUCGCAGACUUUCGUACCAUGCCUCGCGGCUGUCGCAGUUCGAAUCGGUGCAUGGAACAGUUUUCAAGUGCAGCCCCGAACGCAACCCGCGUCAAGUGCACACGCUGCCGCUCCAUCUUCCUGUGCGAGCACGCACCCCGGUUCUCCUUCGCAAUGUUUCAGCGGUUGUGCUUCAAGAAGUUGAACGGGUUCUGAGCCUCUGACCCACCACGCUCUCAACCCACGGAUGCAGUGAUGUGACGUGAUGUGACGUGAUGUGAUGUGAUGUGAUGUGAUGUGAUGUGACGUGAUGUGACCACCCCAGCUGUGGACGGUUCUUGUUCCUGUUUCUGCUCCCGUGGUUAAUCCUUCUCUUGAGAUGGCCUUGGCUGCGUCUUAUUCAUGGCCUGUUACUCGUGCUGCUUCUCAGCCAGUUCUGAGAGUGAUAUGAAUGCUGCCUGUGCCUGUCUGUGCUUAAUUGGUUUUAUUUUGAGCCCCCCCCCCUUCUCUCUCUCUCUCUCUCUCUCUCUCUCUCUCUCUCUCU